AGCUCGCGGUCACGUGACCGCGGAGCGUUUUAAUUGGUCGAAGCACCGAGAAAGGAGGUACGAGUAAGGUAUUCCGGAGCAGCGGCAGUCUCGCCACGUGGUGCGUCGAGAAAAUUGCAUCGUAACACUGAAUUUAUGCCGUCUUAUAAAAGAGAAAGAGAAAGAGAGAGAGAGAGAGAGAGAAUGAGAGAGAAAAGUAAGUACACACCUUUCUAAAUUAUUACUUAAACGUGCAGUAUCGUACGACGUUAAUGACUUUAAUUACUGGUACAGUGAUAAUCAUGUCGCCUUUAUGUGGUCGAUCAACCGGUCAAGAUUUAUCGGCCGAUAAGAGGAAAAAAGAAAGGAAGAAUGAAAGAAAGAAAGAAAAAAAAAAAAAGAAACUCACGAAUAAAAGAGUAAAGAAUUGACAGAGUAGACCAAUGAUUACGUUACAUUAUCCGAUCGAUCAGAUCUGAAUUCAAUAAGUGUCUGCCAUAAAGUCACGCCGAUGAUCGAAACAGGUUAUAAACUUUCAAUGUAACAGAAUUAGUUCAAAAAGUUAUUAACGUCGUCGAACGAGUUCGUUGCCAACGGAUAAGUUGCUAAUUGAAAUUCUCCCGCGAAAAGAGAUUUUCAUCAGUGAACGUGUGUCCCUUACGGAUUAUUAUCAUUGUCUCCCACGCUAAUGCACAAUACGCGCGGAGACCUUUUACGGCAUUGUCGGGGAAAGAAAAGAAGAAAAAGAAGAAGAAGUAAAAGUAGAAAUAGAAGUAGAAGAAGUACAAGAAGAAAAAGAAAGAAGAAGCAGAAGAAGAAGAAGAAGAAUAAGAAGCAGCAAAGUAAAGAAUAAAAGAGAAUAAAAAGGUUUAGGAGGAACAAGGACGGUAAGAAGAAAGGCAAGAAGACGAUGAGUAUCGGUGUUCGCGGGGUCGAGCCACGUGACCGGCAGCGCGUUUUAAUUGGUCGAAAGUGCAGUCGGUGUAGCGAUGGAGGGAGGACGAGAAGCCUUAGAGUUCUUCAAGUAGGAAGGGAUAGAAAGAAAGAGAGAGAGAGAGAGAGAGAGAGAGAGAGGGGGAGAAAGAGUGAGAGAGAGAGAGGAGUUCGUUAGGGUUGGCACGCGGAUUAGACAAUCGCGAGGUGGAUACUUCGAAAAGAGGAGAAGAAGGAGAAGAAGGAGAUGGAGGAUGAGGAGGGGGUGCGAGGGCGGGCUUCCCCACCAGCCAACACCUUCGACGGUGGUAACGCGUUCCUCGAUGUUCCUUCAGGACGACCCUGGCCACUCACGCACUCUCUUUCGCACGCACACAGAAGUACUCGGUCGUGCGUGUCGGACUGAACAGGAAAGAAAGAGAAAGAUAAAAGGAGAAAGAGAAAAAGAGAGAGAGAGAGAGAGAGAGAGAGAGAGAAAGAAAGAGAGAGCUAAAGAAAGAGAGAGAAAGAGCGAAAGAUCCGCCCUCCGUCCUCCUGUCGGCGGCUCCUCUUCUCUCUUGGCUUCGCGUGGGGGACGAAAAAGCUCAGUUAUAAUUGUUGGUCCUCGCAGACCGCACAUAUUCGCCGUACCUUCGCUAAUUGUUACCUCCUACCUUUCGUGUACUUAAUACUACCAAGUAUUAUUAUCUCGUUUACUCGAUCGACGAUGAGAGUAUAGAUCAAGAUGUAAAUAGAUCCAAACGGAUAGUAUCUAGAUCGUAUUAAGGAUCGUGGACUUCGUUCGAAAAAGUUUAUCAUGCGAAUCUAACGGCUAUGUGUCCGAAACAAUGACGACGUACACGUGUAGACAUUAAUUAUUAUCGUUUUAUCGAGGUGUCGUCUGACGUUGGUUUUGGAUUUAAAUAAAAGAAAAAAAAAAAAAAAAAAAAAAAGAAAAAAAAAAGGAAAGAACAUUAAGAAAAGAAAACAGAAGAAAAAGGGAGAAAAGAGAAAGAAAACUUAAAUUAGAAAAAAAAGAAAAGAAAAGAAAAGAAAAAAAAAAAAAACAGACAAACAUUUUGUGAGAUAAAGUGGCGCUGUUUUCGAAAGAAAAACAUUCGUUCGUCGGGAACGAUCGAAUAAAAGGAACUAUUACGAGAUUACAAGUAGAAGUUCAAGUGCAUUUCAUUGGAUUUGAAACAUCCGAUAUGAAUUGCGCUUACCAAUAUCCGCAUCCGGCUCAUCCGCAGAACGUUAUGGCUAUGGUGCCGACGACUUCCCAACAGAAUCACGUUCCCUCGACUGAUACGGAAUAUUUAGAGGAUCAUCCGGGACUACGAGGAACGCCAUUGGCAAUGUUGGCGGCACAAUGCAACAAGCUGAGCAGCAAGAGUCCGCCGCCACUGGCGGACGCGGCAGUUGGCAAAGGUUUUCAUCCUUGGAAAAAGAGUCCUCAGAGUAGCGGCAGCUCACCGCAACAUUCGACGGGUGGUGGCGGAGGAGGAGGGGGAGGAGGAGGAGGAGGAGGAGGAGGUGGCGGAGGCGGAGGCGGAGGUGGUGGAGGGGGGUGUACGACGACGGGAGUAAGUCAAAGACCGACAGCAACGAGCAGCGCCGGUAGUACGAGCGGUGGUUACGCCCGAGCACCGGUCACUUCUUGUGCUUCAACGGCGCCACAAUACGGUAGCGAGCUAUAUUUUCCUGGUACCGCGAGCGCGCAACCUGCUGGCGAUCCGCAUCACCAUCAAAGCAGUCUCCUUGGAAAGGUCGAAGGCGCGACACUCGGCUCGGUAUACGGUAGACACCCUUACGAGUCGUGGCCGUUCAACGCGAUGCCAGGCGCUACGCACGGCGGAAUAAAGGCCAGCGACGGUUGGUGGGAUGUUCACGGUGCCACAGCCGCUGGUGGUUGGUUAGAUGUUAGUGGCACCGUUGGCGUCGGAGUUCAUGCCGCACAAAUGGCCAAUUACUCGGCAGACUACUCUACGAGCUUAGCACUGGCCGGCAAUCACUUACUCACUACGGCCACCACCGCCGGUCACAAUCUACUCCAAGACACAUACAAAUCCAUGCUACCCGGCGGCCCGCCCGGCUUCGGGCUCCAUCAUCACGCGGCGGCGGCGAGCGCCGGUGCCGGUGCUGGUGCCGGAAGUCCACAAGGUAGCGGCGCCGGCGUCGGCGUAGGCGUUGGUGGUGCCGCCGUUAGCCAGGCACCCUCGCCACGCUCGCAGAGACGUUACACCGGUCGUGCGACCUGCGACUGUCCUAAUUGUCAAGAGGCCGAGAGACUCGGUCCCGCCGGCGUACACCUCAGGAAGAAGAACAUCCAUAGCUGCCACAUACCUGGUUGCGGCAAGGUCUACGGAAAGACGUCCCAUCUGAAGGCCCACUUACGGUGGCACACUGCGGCACCUUCGAACCCACACCGGCGAAAAGAGAUUCGCCUGCCCGGUCUGCAACAAGCGGUUCAUGCGCAGCGACCAUCUCGCGAAGCACGUCAAGACCCACAGCAGCAGCAGCAGCGGCAGCAAGGGCAAGGGGGGAGCGGGGAGCUCGUCGGCCGAGUCCUGCUCCGACAGCGAGGACAACGGGAGUCAGCAGAGUCCCACUUCCAGCUCGGUGCCGCCGCCGCAGCCGCCACCGCCGCAGCAGCAGCAGCAGCAGCAGCAGCAGGCUCAGGCGCAACAGCAGGCUCAGCAGCAAGCGCUGGCGGCGGCAGCGGCGGCCCAGGACACCAACAACACCAAUUCCCAGACCACCACCACCAAUCUCGGCCAUCAGCCGACAACACCCAUGACCCCAAUACAGAUGACCCCGCCGCCUCUGACCGCACACCAUCCCCACCACCCGCAUCUCCCGCCUCUAAUGCACCAUCCGCAUCAUCACGCAACAUCCGUACCGGCGGCCCAUCAUCCGCACGCGGGGAUGAGCAUGCACUGAGCCCGGUGGGGCCCGGAGCCGGUGCCUGCAGUACCUCUGCCGCAACGACCCUGGGCUCCUCCUCCUCCCUAUCCUACCCCCUCAACUUAAACCUUCUUCAGAAUCACGUCAAUGCCCACCCUCAUCAUCAUCAACACCAUCACCAACAACAGCAACAACAUCAUCACUCUAAUCCUUCUUCCCAUCAUCAUCAUCAACAUCACCAACAUCACAAUCAACAACAACAACAACAACAACAGCAACAACAACAACAACAACACUCUCGACAAAACAAUUCCUAUUCGAUACAACAGAAUCCUGGUACACCUGGCUCGGCACAGACUCCUUCACCCUCCUCACCUGCGCCUGUACAUAGUCUUUAAGCCGAUGACGAUCCCUCUCAAUCCUUUCGUUUCCUCGGAGAGCAGGAACGGAGGGAGCAGCCUGCCGCCUCUCCUUCGGCCGCUCUGCACGCGAAUUUUGCCGACUUUGUUACUUGUAAAUACUAUAAAUAGUGAGUGUGCGUGUGCGUAAGAAAGACAGAGAGAAAGAUAACGCGUGCG